AUGCUCUCAAUCAUACUAAGAGCAAUCGGCGUUUCGAAGGCGUCUGCCUGGACGCCGUCAUAUUUUCGGCGCUUUACUCUCAGCAGUCAGCUCUGCCUCAAUUACGCAAAACUGGACGAUGAGAAGCGCAGAGCCUACCUGGAAAAGAAUGGAGCAAGAAAAAAAUCUCGUUUACUCGCCGAUCCUGAUUUUCGUGAGAAAGAAUACCAAAGAACAAGGGAUUUUCACAAGAUAUCAAAACACAAAGAGGAAUUCGUGUUACGGUAUGCGCUAUACCGUUGGAUAAGGCGAUGUUCUUGGGUAUGCACAGAGCUACCAUGGAAGUCUUAUCGUCCAAUCUAUUACAAUCACCGUGUUGAACACUUGUGUACUGGCUGCGCAUGGACUAGACGAAACGGGCUCAGGCUGUCGUGGGCAAGAGACGUGGGAGCCUCUAACAGCUACGACGAGUCAGACAGUCAUGAGUAUCUUUGUGGUGCUUGCUACUCACAGAGAGGAUGGAAUGAAGCGAUGCCUGCUGGCUACGAAGACAUUAGGCUUCUCAAAGACCUGGUGAAAAGAAAAAAACAACUCGAUGACACCACAUUCAAGAAGGUCUCAUGUGCAAGACAUCAAAAAACGCAAUCCACUUGCGACAGUAUCUGA